AUGCGCUACGCAAUCGUUCUCGGGGCUGCUGCCCUCGUUGUCGCCAGCCCGGCUCCUCAGGCUUUUGACCCCAACGGUCUUGAUGCCCUUGCUACUCUCACUCAAGGCCCGCCUGUCGGUGUUGGUCCUGCUCAGGAAACUGCCUACGUACAGGGCUCUGCUCAGUCUGUCGCUGCUGCUGCGGUUACAGCCGGUGCCACGGCUCAGGCUGCUAAGAGAAGCCUGAACGAGAACACCACACAGGCUUCCGCCACUCCCACAAUCACAACCACUGUCGAUACUGGUGCUCAGACUACCAGGCCUCCUUCCACCACUGACGGUGUCGUUCCUUCCUCUUGCACUCCCGUUAACUGGAUCAACACCUACGCUUUCACAGCUGAUCCCGCCUGCCCCACGCAAGUCGAGGUCGGCACCUACUGUGGAUUCAUCAACCCCGAUGACCCAUGUGCUCCUCAGCCUUCCGGAGGCGGCGUUGCUCCCAAGGACGACACCGUUGACGGGUUCUACAACAACGCUGCGUACAAGCAGCUCGCUGUCUCGGCCAAGACUCCUGUUGGCUACGAGCAGGCUUUCGUCAACCUUCAGGGCGCUACUACCGGUAACGGAUACAUCUCUUACAAGGUUCUCGAUACUUAUGAUGUCGGUGCCUGCUCCAAGUUUUGCGACGAGACCGAUACUUGCACUGGCUUCAACCUCUACAUCGAGCGCGACCCUAAGUGGAACCCCCACCAGUGCUCUUGCACGAACCCUCCUUCCAUCAUCAACUACAAGUGCUCCAUCUGGGGACAGAAGGUCACAAAGGAGACUGCUACCAACACUGGUGAGGGUCGUGAUGACUUCACAGUUGUCAUCACAGGAUCCAACGGUUACAACAAGGGCACCUACACUCCUCCUACUCCUCCUUCUUGUAGCAAGCCCCAGAGCUGCGGCAACAAGAUCCACGACCAGCCUCGCUACUGCAUGGGCCAGAAGACUUUCCCCGGUCCUUUCGAUCCUUCGCUCUGCGCUGCCUACGCCCAGAAGCAGAACGAGGUCAACCGCGCUAAGGGCCUGCUCGGUGCCAUUCUUUCCAUGCUCGGCAUGAACAAGGGUGGCUGCGUCCAGUUCCAGGCUGCUUACCUCGAGAAGUCCGGCAAGGGUUUCGGUACUCACUGCCGCCUCUUCACCAAGAAGUUCACUCCUGCCCAGGCCACUCUCGACAUCUCUGUCGGUGGCACCUCCGGCUGGGGUUGCCAGAAGUCCUACACUUGGGAUGUCGAUGUCAACGCCAGCUUCAACUGGGGUGGUUCCUGGAAGAACUAA